UUAGCGCUCCCUCUUCACUGUCGCUCGUGCCCCGGGCUCGGUUUUCACACAUCGGUCUCCUGCUAUGCGCCUGGCUUUUGUGGAGCCAACCUUGACCUUGCAUUUGGAGCUGCCGUCAGCAGAACCCCUGUGCCUUCUGCCCUCAUUCUCAAUUUCACUUAUUUCUUGGGCCGGUAUAUGGAUAGAAGUUCCCUGUUUAAGCUCAUACAGGAGCAGCUGGAUCCAGAGAACACCGGUUUCAUUGCAGUGGAGAAUUUUACCAGCUUGGUGGAGCACCAUGAGUUGCAGCUCGAUCCCUCCAAACUUGAGAUGCUUUUUGCCUUGGUGCAGAGCAAUGAGGAGGGACAAGUCUGCUACCAGGAGUUGAUUGAACUGCUCAGUAGUAAGCGCUCCAGCAGUUUUCGCAAAGCAAUUGCCAAUGGUCGACGUACUUUGCAGAGAGAAAUCCUCCUGGAUGAGACAGGGCUUGGCAUUUACAAGCGAUUUGUGCGAUAUGUUGCAUAUGAAAUUCUACCCUGUGAAAGUGACAGACGCUGGUACUUCCAUCAGAAUCGCUUCUGCCCACCACCUGUCUUCAUGGCAGUCAUCACAGUUGUACAAAUCAUUGUGUUUAUUUGCUAUGGUGCCAAACUCAACAAGUGGGUUCUCCAAACAUACCACCCAGACUUCAUGAAGAGUCCACUUGUUUAUCAUCCUGGACAUCGGGCCCAGGUGUGGAGAUUCUUCACUUACAUCUUCAUGCAUGUUGGGUUAGAGCAACUUGGGUUCAAUGCCCUUUUGCAGCUUGUCAUCGGAGUACCACUCGAGAUGGUUCAUGGCCUUGUGCGCAUAAGCCUUCUGUAUAUUGCUGGUGUAUUAGCAGGCUCCCUGACAGUCUCCAUCACUGAUAUGAGGGCUCCAUUGGUGGGUGGAUCCGGCGGAGUCUACGCUCUCUGCUCAGCACAUCUUGCUAAUGUUGUCAUGAACUGGACUGGAAUGCGCUGUCCAUACAAACUACUUCGAAUGAUCUUGGCUCUUGUUUGCAUGAGCUCAGAGGUGGGUCGUGCAGUAUGGCUUCGUUUUUCCCCUCCACUGCCCUCAUCAAGCCCUCAGCCCAGUUUCAUGGCACAUUUAUCUGGAGCUGUGGUAGGGAUCAGUAUGGGGCUUCUCAUCUUACGCAGCUAUGAAGAAAGCCUUCAGCGGCAGUGUUCCUGGUGGGUCAUUAUUUUCUCCUUUGCCACAUUCCUCAUCUUUGCUAUCUUCUGGAAUAUCUUUGCCUAUGAACUGCUGGGGGUGCAAAUCCCACUCCCUCCUUAACGGACACAUUCUAAAUACAACUGAGAUCCAUUCUCCAGGACUGAUGCAAAUCAUCAAAGUCCAGCCUGGCAGGGGCAGAGGGAGGUGUUGGGAGGGAAAGAAUGGUGAUGCAGUCACUAUUAUUCAGUAUUAUUAACAGGUUAUGAACAUGGACCGAGUCAGCACGUGCAAUGCCCCUCAGCUAUGUACUGGACACAGGCUUAUUCUCAGCAUUUUUUUCAACAGCUGAGAUCCUCUGUGACUAUCUCAGGGGAAGAAAUCAAGUCCACAAGUAAUGGGAAAUAGGGGAAGCAUUUUAAGUAGAAAAAUAUAGGUAUUGAAAAAAAAAAAGUAUUUUACAGACAUAAUGUAUUUUUGUUACAGGAAUCUGACUCAUCUGGCUGGCAUAGAGUUAAUUUGGCCUUAUAGAUGGAAAGGCUACUUGUAGCUGUAGAAUAAAAAUCACUUGGCGUUUGUCUAACAAGGUAAUUUCCAAAUUCAGAAUUUCAAUUAGAUAAGGCAAUUAACUCUCACCAGCAUUCUUCUGCUGAUAAUUAUCAAUAGUGUCAUGUGGUGGUUUAAAAAGUUGCCCAAAAAUGGACAAGCCUGUCAUUUUUGAAAAGAUUUUAAACCCGUUUAACUGUUACAUCAUUUAACUACUGUCUUAUUUAUAUACGGGGGUUGGUGGCGGGUUGGGAAAUAAUGUAAAACAACAUGCUGGGCUUUAUGAUUAUUUAAUAAUUAUUUAGCAGUACACUAUUAUCCAGGGAAGCAUAGUGGCAGCGCUGCCGCCUUACAGUAAGGAGACCAGGGUUUGCAUCCCAGGUCCUCCUUGCGUGGAGUUUCCUCCCACUGUCCAAAGGUUAGGUUAGGUAAAUUGCUGAUGCCAAAUUGGCCCUAAUGUGUGUUUGGUAGUGGGGAGGCGGCGGUGUGUUCACCCUGUUUCUACCUUGUAUCUUAUGUUAGCUGGGAUAGGCUCCAGCACUGACCACCCCCAAGCGACUCCAGCCUGGAAUGAACAAGUGUGAAAACGACA